CUAAGCAGGAGGGUCCAAACUGUGCGUACAAGCUGUGACAGUGACAUUAAGACAAAAGAUUUAGGAGGUGUGUGUGUGUUUGUGUUUGUGUGUGUGUGUAAGGGAGAGAGAGAGGGAGCGAGAGAGAGAGACUCGCUGUGCGUCCACAAAGGAUUUAUUAAGGUGGUCCCCCUGUCAGGCACCAAUUAAUUUAUCGGAGAGUAAACCAGUUAAAGGGAGGGAGGACAGAGAGGAGUUACUGGCGGCUCUGAAGAGCUGUCACUUUGUUUGUACGCGACGUGUGUGUGUGUGUGUGUGUAUGUAUGCGGAGAGGGAUUAUCAGUACGCGCGUUAUGCGGAGCGCAGUUUUGGUGAUGCAUUCAGUCGGGAGAUGUGCAGCGGGGAGCAGUGACCAUCAAGCGGGACAUUCAGCGGCGUAAGGCGCAGGAGAAGGGGGGUCCAGCAGGGUUUCUUUUUUUUGUUUGCUUUUUGGUCGGGGAGAACCGUCUCUGCGCAUCACAGGAUUUCGACUCAUUGUGUGUUUUAUGAAUUUUUGAUGACUGCUCCUUCGCUGGUGCAGAGUGAAAGUCAAAGAUGCGCACCGUUGAACAAAGGAUUUAGGGGAAAACGAUCAAGAACAUCGUUUUAAUCCUGACACCCCGGCGUGUUUCGUCCAUGCCCAUUCUGCCUCUGAGGACAACAGAUACGGGCUGAAUCACCGGGUGCCUCUGGUGUCAGAGCCUGAGCAGGAGGAAUCAUCUGGGCUGAUCGAGUCCAUGUGGAUGGAGAGAGAAUACGCAAACGCAGCAAGCGGAGCUCAUUCCGAAAUGUGACAUUUUUACUCUCCCAGUCUCCCAUCCAACCUGACAACUGUGCAUCUGCCCUCCUUCUCGAUCGGAUUUGUUUACAUCGAUUAAGAGAUGGCGUUCCUCCCGGUCCUCCUCCUGCUGCUGCUGACUGUUGCUCAUCGUGCCACCGGCCAAGACUCUGAGGAAUCUGAGGCUCUCCCGAGAGGCUGUGGCUGGGGCCUUGUCCGUCCCUACACCCUCCUUUGUGACCUGGACUCCAUAUGGGGUGUGGCGGUGGAGUCAGUGGCCGCUGGUGGGGUGCUGACUGCCAUCCUGCUGGCCUUAGUCCUGCUGUGCCGCUUACACCACAUCAGUGAGGCUGAAAAGCGCAGCGGUGUGGGACCCAUCCUCCUGCUGCUCUUGGGCAUCCUCGGCUUGUUCGGCCUGAGCUUUGCUUACCUGAUCGAGCAGGAUGAGUCUUUAUGUUUGCUCCGCCGGGCCCUGUGGGGUCUCCUGUUUGCUGUCUGCUUCUCCUGCUUGCUGGUGCAGGGUGUCCGUCUGCGCAGGAUUGGCCGUGAGCGCCGGAGCCCUGGUGGCUGCGCCCUAACAGGCCUAGCGCUGGGUUUGAGUGCCGUGCAGGGCAUCAUCGCAGCGGAGUGGCUUCUUCUGACCGUGCUGAGGGAGGGACGAGCUGCCUGUCAGUACCUGCCACUGGACUUCUCUCUAGCCUGCAGCUACGUACUAGCCCUCCUACUAGCUGCGCUGACUGCCGCCUCGUUGGCCCUGUGCGGGAAGACACGUCAGUGGCGCUGCAAUGCCAUCUGGCUGCUGGUGACCUGCCUGCUGUCGCUGCUGCUGUGGGUGGCCUGGGUGGGCUUCUAUCUGUACGGCAACGCCUGGUUGGGGAGGGCCCCGGACUGGGAUGACCCAGCGCUGGCCAUUGCUUUAGUUGCUCAGGGCUGGCUGCUGCUGAUCUUCCAUGCCAUUCCUGAAUCCCACAUCUGCCUGAGACCCCCUCCGCAGCCCACUGCUCCAGAUUACUUUGACACCUCUCAGAACUCGACACGGAUGAGGGAGACCAGCUUCGAUGAAGACAUCCCUCUCUCUCACAGGCAGUUUGUGGAGAACCAAGGAUACGGAUACAACGAUGAGAACACUGCAGGCUUGAGGAGCGGUGGCGGUGCUGGGCAACAUAACAGCAACACCGGCGCCAGGCCUAGCGCUCCUUUCCGCAGCAAUGUCUACCAACCCACCGAGAUGACUAUGAUCCUGAACGGGGGAGCGGUGAGUACAUCCUCCCAGUCACAGGUGCCCUCUGCCCCUCCAACCUACACUGGGAGGCAGCUGUGGUGAGUGAGAGGAUUGGAAAGACGUGUGGUCGAAAAUGAAGAAGAGGAUGGAGAGGGUGAGGAGGGAGGGGCCCAGGAUGAGGGGCCCGCCUGGUUGAAUUGGACUUAAAACGUGGAUGCCAAGGGCCCUUUCAUUCUGUGUACAGACUUAAAUACUGACUGUGUGCCAAUCAACUAUUGUAUGAGUGUGUUUGUGAGACUGAGAGACAACAGGGUAUGGAGGACAGAGCUAAAGCUCUUCUAGCACACAAAUCUCUAUAGAAGGGUUCAAAAACUCGAAAUGUGACCAGCAAGUAGCAAAACAAGACACGCUGACUCAGAUCUGAAAAUAUCAACAUGCAGUAUUGUUUUUUUUCUUUUUGUUUGAUUUGCUCCCCUGAGACUAUACAGCACUGUAAGCAUCCUUGAGAAACUGUGAAAUGUUUUGCUUUUUCUUGCUCUCUCUCUCCUCUCCUGUCAGUCAGGCUGUCUUUCCCUGCUGCUGGCGCUCACGUGGAAACAUUUGGCUCUGUCCUCCAUCCAUCCACAGUAUAGGUGAAAAAAGAGCACAUGGGCAAACUGUACAGCUCGAGCACCGCCCGCUUUAAAAGAAUCCAGCCUCUGUGGGUGUGUAUGUAGAGUAUAAGAGAGGAGUGUGUGUAUUCCCUACAUCUCAAAUCUGCCGCUCCAAUAAACCUUCUCCCUUAAGACUGUUACCCCUCCGCGAACACUUCUUCUUCCUCCCUCACUAUUUCACUGCACCGUAUGUGAAUACAAUGCAUAACACCUUGCCUCAUCCUCCCACCUGCAUGGACACUUCGCAAAAAUGUGAAACAAACUGUGAAACUGCAGACGGAAAAGAAGUUCCCAGUGACCGCGCACGCAGCAAAAGCAGCCUGGAGCACCUGAACAGAGGGAUCGCAAGCUGCUAAUGAACUGCUGUUAUAUACACUAUAUACUGUAUAUACAGCAGAUUAGAGUGAAUUGUGAUUGGACAAGGAGGGUGUCAGUCGUCGGCGGGGAGGCACCGCUUUCAUGAAUCUAGGUCAGACUGCUGUGUGCUGCUCUCCCACAUCUCCGGUGGCCACUGGCGUUUUGAGGCAGCCAGGAGAAUCUGUCACUUUAUAUCAGCAGGAAACGAAGCGAGCAAAUUAAACUGUUCCUAGCUCUAUCUGUGUUUACGUGUGCGUACGUGUGAUUUUAUGAGUGUUGGGAGUUGACAGGUGGGGUGGACGAGGGGGAGGGGGGGGUCAAAAAGUCAAGUUUGCUUUCUGGUGCUAAACAUCCCUCCAACACAACUUCCCAGUGCAGCACACAACUACAGUAGUCAAAUCUGUGAGUGACAGGCUAUAGAUAGAGCUGUGGCUGGUGUGUGGAGAUAUCCCAGAGCCUUAGAAAGAUCAGAUUUACAGUGUGGUGGAAAGAGGGAGAUCAAAUACAAGAGGUGGAAGAAGGGGGAUGGGAGCGAGGAGGAAGGAGAUGGCGAGUUGCGGUCCGAGGGGGGGGGGAAUGGGGAAUCUAUGAGACAGAUCUGUGUGAGAAAAUGGCUCCCUGGUCUGUCUGUGUGUGUGUUUGUGCGUGAUGUGUGCAGGCGGCAGCGCUGCUCUGCUCUCUGUGGUCGUCUUCUUUAUCUGGUGAAGCGUCACUCCCUCCUCCUCCCCCCUCCUGUCUCCCCGUGGUCGGCUAUAGCUCAAGUGUAGCCCCAUGUGCCAAGAAGGACUCUCGUUUCACUGGAGUCUCCGUUUCACGCCCUCUCCCUUCAUCACCACACCAGCUCUCUCUCGCUCUCUUCACCUGAGAAGCUGUGUACAUAGUAGUGCUGUAAAGCUUUGCUUGCUUCCUUACUUUUACUUUUUCUUUUUUAACUGUAGCCUGAGUUUAGACACCAGUGUGGUACGACCCACUGGAGGACUGACUACUGCAAAUUGUUUUUAUCUGGGGAUUUUUUUAACUGGUUUGCUUUGUUGUUCAUACAUUUGCUUGUUGUUACAUUAUGCUUUUAUUUCUCUCUUGCUGGUGUCUUUUUUUUUUAAUUAGCAUUUUGGAAAUGUUUUGCCAACACUAGAUAUGCUUUUAUUUUUUGUUUGAUUAAUGUUAAAGGAAAUGAGUAGGUCCACUCUUUGCUGUAACAGUUAUGGGGAUACAAACACUAUUUUUAUUUUUUCA